AUUACGAGAAGGAAGAAGCAACGUGUGUGUUUUCAGUUUGGGACGCGUUAUAAAUAUUUGCCAAGCUGGCGAUUCGCUUUCCACAUCAACGCCAAUAGCAGUUAUGCCACGCACUGAUGCAUAACGUGCGAUACAUUGAUAAAUGUAGCAAGCAACCAUCAGCAGCAACAGCAGCAGCAGCGCUAGCGCCCAUCCUUUUCACUCCGCUCGCAGCUAAUGCUAAUGUGGUGCAACAGCAAUAUUAAGCUUGCAAAACUGAGCCGCUGCAAGGGCUGCUGGUGGUGUCAACAAAAACAACAACAACAACAACAACAGAAACAACGAAAUCUGAAACUAAUACAGAACCAAAGCUUCCACACCCACCGACGAAAACAGCUUGCAUUAUAUGAGCGCACCUGGCGCAUUAACAAAUACAACAACAAACAUACACACUCACUCGGACAGAUGUCACACUAGAGCAACUCAACUCGUCCGGCAAAAGAGAGAGAGAGUGAGAAGCGCGUACGUUAACGCCACUCCCCCUACGCCCACCCACCGUCAGAGUCACAGCGACAGAGACAUCGACAGCCACAAGCAAUAUGCGUUCCCGUAAGGUUCAAGUGAUGGUGUUAGGCUUCUUCCUAAUGUGGACGUUUAUCACAUAUUAUGUGCUGCUGCGCACAAGCAAUGCCCAGUUCGACAGGAAGCAGCAGCAGCAGGUGAAACGUCUGGUGCCGGAAGCGUUAGCUGAGAACUCGAAAAGCAUGAAACUAGCACGUAAUCUCAUAGAAUUCAUAAAAUACAAAUACGUAAGCGAACAGCAGACAACAACGCCCAGAAUAAGCAUCGUGGCAGCCGAGGUAUCAAAUGAGAUACCAGCACCAGAAUCGGUAUCAGUAUCGAGAGGAGCACUGGAAACAGUGGAUAAGUCAACGCCAGCACAGAUACCAACUCGGACACAUUUGCCGAAUGGUGAGCCUGUCAUUCCCAUUCUGGUCUUUGCCUGCAAUCGUGUCUCGGUGGUCAAGUGUCUGGACAAUCUGGUGCAGUAUCGUCCCAGCAUCGAGCAGUUUCCCAUCAUUGUGUCUCAGGACUGCGGCGAUGUGGUCACCAAGGAGGCUAUUCAAACGUUUGGCAAACAAGUGACGCUCAUUGAGCAGCCUGAUCUGAGCGAUAUCGUUGUGCUGCCCAAGGAGAAGAAGUUCAAGGGAUACUACAAGAUAUCACGCCACUAUGGCUGGGCAUUGAACACCACGUUUCAGAUUGGUUUCGAUUUUGUGGUCAUUGUUGAAGAUGAUUUGAAUGUGGCGCCCGAUUUCUUUGAGUAUUUUCUGGCCACACACAAGCUGCUCAAGCAGGACUCAAGUCUCUGGUGCGUGUCCGCUUGGAAUGACAAUGGCAAGGCGAAUGUGGUGGACACGGCGAGACCGGAUCUGCUCUAUCGCACCGAUUUCUUUCCCGGCCUGGGCUGGAUGCUCACCAAGGAGCUGUGGCAGGAGCUGUCCGUCAAGUGGCCAAAAUCAUUCUGGGAUGAUUGGAUACGGCAUCCGGAACAGCGCAAGGAUCGCGUAUGCAUUAGACCUGAAAUCUCACGUACUCGCACCUUUGGAAAGAUUGGCGUGUCAAAUGGUUUAUUUUUCGAUAAGUAUCUGAAACACAUUAAGCUCAGUGAGGACUUUGUACAGUUCAGCAAAAUCAAUAUGAGUUAUUUAUUAAAGGAAAAUUAUGAUAAAGCGUUUUUGAAGCAAGUCUAUGUGCUUCCGCUGGUGACCUUUGAUGAGCUGCGUCGGAAUCUCAUUGCCCUGGAUGGUCCAGUGCGCAUACAGUACAACAAUCGUGAUCAGUAUAAGCGAAUAACGAGAAUGCUUGGGCUCAUGGAUGAUUUCAAGAGUGGCGUGCCACGCACCGCAUACCAUGGAAUCGUCUCAUUCUACUACAACAAACGUCGCGUGCAUUUGGCGCCGAAUGCCAAUUGGAAGGGUUACGAUCUGUCGUGGAGCUAACAGCACUAAACUGAUUGCUAUUAGACUUUAAGCACCGCUCAAUGCAUCGCGAAACUAAUCAAAAACAAUUGGUUUUAAAACUAUUUGCAAUACCAAAAAAUAGGACUAGAACUUUGUUUUGUUUAUUCCGUAGACUACAAUUAAUUGUAUUAUUUCCGUUUCCGUAUUCAGUGUUGCUCCAUUGUAAGACACGUAACUAAAGAGACUAUAACUGUUUAAUUGGUAACUGUAAUUGGCCAUGUGCAACGAGGCAGCUUCAAUUGUUAACCCAAGAAAAA